AUGGGAGGGAAAAACAUCACCAAAUUCACUGAGGAGGGUGCGGGGGUGUGGGGGUCCGGGAGUGUGGGUCGUGUGGGGGUCUUUGGGGUCUGGGGGUCUGUGGAGUGUGUGGGGUGUGGGGGGUAUGAGGAGUGUGGGGGUCCUUGGGGUGUGGGGGGUAUGUGGAGUGUGGGUGGAACACCCUCUUCAGAAUCCUCUCCAAACCUUUCUUCGGACCUCUUCAGACCUACCACUACCCCCCUUCAGAACCCCUUCUUCAGACCUCCUCCUACCCCCCUUCAGGCCCCCUCUUCGGACCCCUCCUACCCCCUCUUCACCCCCUCCUACCCCUCUUCACCCCCUCCUACCCCCUCCAUCCCCAUUCCUUCUUCAACAGAGCCCCUUCUUGUGGCGCGCGUGGAUGAGGGCGAGGAUGAGGGCGUGGAUGAGGGCGUGGAUGAGGGAGUGGAUGAGGGCGGCCACUUCGUUAUUUAUCUUCGCUCCCCUGUCAGCUCCCCUGAUAGCUCCCCUGUCAGCUCCCCUGUCAGCUCCCCUGUCAGCUCCGAUGUCAGCUCUCCUGAUAGCUCCCCCGAUAGCUUCCCUGUCAGCUCCCCUGAUAGCUCUCCUGUCAGCUCCCCUGUCAGCUCCCCUGUCAGCUCCCCUGUCAGCUCCGAUGUCAGCUCCCCUGUCAGCUCUCCUGAUAGCUCCCCCGAUAGCUUCCCUGUCAGCUCCCCUGAUAGCUCCCCUGUCAGCUCCACGGUCAGCUCCCCUGAUAGCUCCCUUGUCAGCUCCCCUGUCAGCUCCCCCGAUAGCUCCACUGAUAGCUCCCCUGUCAGCUCCCCUGAUAGCUCUUCUGUUAGCUCCAAUGAUAGCUCCCCUGUCAGCUCCCCUGAUAUCUCUCCUGUCAGCUCCCCUGAUAGCUGCCCUGUCAGCUCCCCUGAUAGCUCCCCUGUCAGCUCCCCGGUCAGCUCCCCUGAUAGCUCCCCUGUCAGCUCCCCGGUCAGCUCCCUUGUCAGCUCCCCUGUCAGCUCCCCUGUCAGCUCCCCUGUCAGCUCUCCUGUCAGCUCCCCUGUCAGCUCUCCUCUCCCUGUCAGCUCCCCUGAUCAGCUCCCUGUCAGCUCCCCUGUCAGCUCUCCUGAUAGCUCCCUGUCAGUUCCCCUGUCAGCUCCUGAUAGCUCUCCUGUCAGCUCCCCUGAUAGCUCCCUGAUAGCUCUCCUGUCAGCUCCCCUGUCAGCUCUCCUCUCCCCCUGUCAGCUCCCCUGUCAGCUCCCGGUCAGCUCCCUGAUCUCCCUGUCAGCUCCCCUGUCAGCUCCCCUGAUUGCUCCCCUGAUCAGCUCCCUUGAUCAGCUCCCUGUCAGCUCCCUGAUAGCUCCCGAUAGCUCCCCUGUCAGCUCCCCUGUCAGCUCCCUGUCAGCUCCCUCUCCCUGUCAGCUCCCUGUCAGCUCUCCUGUCAGCUCCCUGUCAGCUCUCCUGUCAGCUCCCCAUGUCAGCUCUCCUGAUAGCUCCCUGUCAGUUCCCCUGUCAGCCCUGAUAGCUCUGAUAGCUCCCCUGAUAGCUCCCCUGUCAGCUCCCCUGAUCAGCUCUCCUGUCAGCUCCCCUGUCAGCUCCCUCUCCCCUGAUAGCUCUUCUGUCAGCUCCCCGGUCAGCUCCCUGUCAGCUCCCCUGAUAGCUCCCUCUCCCCUGUCAGCUCCCUGUCAGCUCCCUGAUCAGCUCUCCUGUCAGCUCCCUGUCAGCUCCCCGAUAGCUCCACUGUCAGCUCCCCUGUCAGCUCCCUGUCAGCUCUCCAUGUCAGCUCCUGAUAGCUCCCUGUCAGCUCCCCUGUCAGCUCCCCUGAUAGCUCCCCUGAUCAGCUCUCCUGUCAGCUCUCCUGUCAGCUCCCUGUCAGCUCCCCUGAUCAGCUCUCCUGUCAGCUCCCAUGUCAGCUCUCCUGAUAGCUCCCUGUCAGUUCCCUCUCCCAUGUCAGCUCUCCUGAUAGCUCCCUGUCAGUUCCCUGUCAGCUCCCCUGAUAGCUCCCUGAUAGCUCCCCUGAUCAGCUCCCCUGUCAGCUCCCCUGAUAGCUCUCCUGUCAGCUCCCUGUCAGCUCUCCUGUCAGCUCCCAUGUCAGCUCUCCUGAUAGCUCCCUGUCAGUUCCCUUGUCAGCUCCCUGUCAGCUCCCCUGAUAGCUCCCCUGUCAGCUCCCUGUCAGCUCCCCUGAUAGCUCCCUCUCCCCGGUCAGCUCCCCUGUCAGCUCCCCUGUCAGCUCCCUGUCAGCUCCCCGAUAGCUCCCCUGUCAGCUCCCCUGAUAGCUCUCCUGUCAGCUCCCCUGUCAGCUCUCCUGUCAGCUCCCCUUCUCCCCUGUCAGCUCUCCUGAUAGCUCCCCUGUCAGCUCCCUGUCAGCUCCCUGAUAGCUCCCUCCCUGUCAGCUCCCCUGUCAGCUCCCUGUCAGCUCCCCUGUCAGCUCCCUGUCAGCUCCCGAUGCUCCAGAUAGCUCCCUGUCAGCUCCCCUGUCAGCUCCUGUCAGCUCCCCUGAUAGCUCCCCUGUCAGCUCCCCUGAUAGCUCCCCUGUCAGCUCCCCUGUCAGCUCCCGCUCUUGAUCAGCUCCUUGUCAGCUCCCUGUCAGCUCCCCUGUCAGCUCUCCUGAUAGCUCCCUGUCAGCUCCCUGAUAGCUCCCUGUCAGCUCCCCUGUCAGCUCCCCUGAUCAGCUCCCCUGUCAGCUCCCCUGAUAGCUCCCUGUCAGCUCCCCCCUGUCAGCUCCCCUGUCAGCUCUCCUGUCAGCUCCCCUGUCAGCUCCCGGUCAGCUCCCUGUCAGCUCUCCUGAUAGCUCCCCUCUCUCCUGUCAGCUCCCCGAUAGCUGUCAGCUCCCCUGAUCAGCUCUCCUGUCAGCUCCCCUGUCAGCUCUCCUGUCAGCUCCCAUCUCCCCUGAUAGCUCUCCUGUCAGCUCCCCUGUCAGCUCUCCUGUCAGCUCCCAUUUCAGCUCUCCUGAUAGCUCCCCUAUCCCCUGAUAGCUCCCCUGUCAGCUCCCCUGUCAGCUCUCCUGAUAGCUCCCCUGUCAGCUCCCCGGUCAGCUCCCUUGUCAGCUCCCCUGUCAGCUCCCCUGUCAGCUCCCCUGUCAGCUCUCCUGUCAGCUCCCCCGAUAGCUCCCCUGUCAGCUCCCCUGAUAGCUCUCCUGUCAGCUCCCCUGUCAGCUCUCCUGUCAGCUCCCAUUUCAGCUCUCCUGAUAGCUCCCCUGUCAGUUCCCUUGUCAGCUCCCCUGUCAGCUCCCCUGAUAGCUCCCCUGUCAGCUCCCCUGUCAGAUCCCCUGAUAGCUCCCCUGUCAGCUCCCCUGUCAGCUCUCCUGAUAGCUCCCCUGUCAGCUCUCCUGAUCGCUCCCCCGAUAGCUUCCCUGUCAGCUCCCCUGAUAGCUCCCCUGUCAGCUCCACGGUCAGCUCCCCUGAUACUCCCCUGUCAGCUCCCCUGAUAGCUCUCCUGUCAGCUCCCCUGUCAGCUCUCCUGUCAGCUCCCAUUUCAGCUCUCCUGAUAGCUCCCCUGUCAGUUCCCUUGUCAGCUCCCCUGUCAGCUCCCCUGAUAGCUCCCCUCUCCCCCGAUAGCUCCACUGAUAGCUCCCCUGUCAGCUCCCCUGAUAGCUCUUCUGUCGGCUCCCCUGAUAGCUCCCCUGAUAGCUCUCCUGUCAGCUCCCCUGAUAGCUCCCCGGUCAGCUCCCCUGAUAGCUCUCCUGUCAGCUCCCCCGAUAGCUCCCUUGUCAGCUCCCCUGAUAGCUCCCCUGACAGCUCCCAUGUCAGCUCUCCUGAUAGCUCCCCUGUCAGCUCCCCGGUCAGCUCCAUUGUCAGCUCCCCUGUCAGCUCCCCUGAUAGCUCCCCUGUCAGCUCUCCUGUCAGCUCCCCUGUCAGCUCUCCUCUCCUUGUCAGCUCCCCUGUCAGCUCCCUGAUAGCUCCUGAUAGCUCCCUUGUCAGCUCCCCCGAUAGCUCCCUGAUAGCUCCCUGUCAGCUCCUCCCUGAUAGCUCCCUUGUCAGCUCUCCUGAUAGCUCCCCUGUCAGUUCCCCUGUCAGCUCCCCUGAUAGCUCCCCCGAUAGCUCCCCUCUCCCUGUCAGCUCCCCUGUCAGAUCCCCUGAUAGCUCCCCUGUCAGCUCCCCUGUCAGCUCUCCUGAUAGCUCCCCUGUCAGCUCUCCUGAUAGCUCCCCCGAUAGCUUCCCUGUCAGCUCCCCUGAUAGCUCCCCUGUCAGCUCCACGGUCAGCUCCCCUGAUAGCUCCCUUGUCAGCUCCCCUGUCAGCUCCCCCGAUAGCUCCACUGAUAGCUCCCCUGUCAGCUCCCCUGAUAGCUCUUCUGUCGGCUCCCCUGAUAGCUCCCCUGAUAGCUCCCCUGAUAGCUCUCAUGUCAGCUCCCCUCCCCGUCAGCUCCUGAUAGCUCUCCUCUCCCCGGUCAGCUCCCUUGUCAGCUCCCCUGUCAGCUCCCCUGUCAGCUCUCCUGUCAGCUCCCCUGUCAGCUCUCCUGUCAGCUCCCAUGUCAGCUCUCCUGAUAGCUCCCCUGUCAGUUCCCCUGUCAGCUCCCCUGAUAGCUCUCCUGUCAGCUCCCCCGAUAGCUCUUCUGUCGGCUCCCCUGAUAGCUCCCCUGAUAGCUCCCCUGAUAGCUCUCAUGUCAGCUCCCCUGAUAGCUCCCCGCUCCCCGGUCAGCUCCCUUGUCAGCUCCCCUGUCAGCUCCCCUGUCAGCUCUCCUGUCAGCUCCCCUGUCAGCUCUCCUGUCAGCUCCCAUCUCCCCUGAUAGCUCUCCUGUCAGCUCCCCCGAUAGCUCCCUUGUCAGCUCCCCUGAUAGCUCCCCUGACAGCUCCCAUGUCAGCUCUCCUGAUAGCUCCCCUGUCAGCUCCCCGGUCAGCUCCAUUGUCAGCUCCACUGUCAGCUCCCCUGAUAGCUCCCCUGUCAGCUCUCCUGUCAGCUCCCCUGUCAGCUCUCCUAUCCCCUGAUAGCUCCCCUGUCAGCUCCCCUGUCAGCUCUCCUGAUAGCUCCCCUGUCAGCUCUCCUGAUAGCUCCCCCGAUAGCUUCCCUGUCAGCUCCCCUGAUAGCUCCCCUGUCAGCUCCACGGUCAGCUCCCCUGAUAGCUCCCUUGUCAGCUCCCCUGUCAGCUCCCCCGAUAGCUCCACUGAUAGCUCCCCUGUCAGCUCCCCUGAUAGCUCUUCUGUCGGCUCCCCUGAUAGCUCCCCUGAUAGCUCCCCUGAUAGCUCUCAUGUCAGAUCCCCUGAUAGCUCCCCGGUCAGCUCCCCUGAUAGCUCUCCUGUCAGCUCCCCCGAUAGCUCCCUUGUCAGCUCCCCUGAUAGCUCCCCUGUCAGCUCCCCGGUCAGCUCCCUUGUCAGCUCCCCUGUCAGCUCCCCUGUCAGCUCUCCUGUCAGCUCCCCUGUCAGCUCUCCUUUCAGCUCCCAUGUCAGCUCUCCUGAUAGCUCCCAUGUCAGUUCCCCUGUCAGCUCCCCUGAUAGCUCUCCUGUCAGCUCCCCCGAUAGCUCCCCUCUCCCCGGGUCAGCUCCCUUGUCAGCUUCCCUGUCAGCUCCCCUGAUAGCUCUCCUGUCAGCUCCCCCGAUAGCUCCCCUAUCCCCUGAUAGCUCCCCUGUCAGCUCCCCUGUCAGCUCUCCUGAUAGCUCCCCUGUCAGCUCUCCUGAUAUCUCCCCUGUCAGCUCCACGGUCAGCUCCACGGUCAGCUCCCCUGAUAGCUCCCUUGUCAGCUCCCCUGUCAGCUCCACUGAUAGCUCUUCUGUCGGCUCCCCUGAUAGCUCCCCUGAUAGCUCCCCUGAUAGCUCUCCUGUCAGCUCCCCUGAUAGCUCCCCGCUCCCCGAUAGCUCCCUGAUAGCUCCCUGUCAGCUCCCAUGUCAGCUCCCUGUCAGCUCCCCUGAUAGCUCCCCUGUCAGCUCCCGCUCCCCUGAUAGCUCCCUUGUCAGCUCUCCUGAUAGCUCCCCUGUCAGCUCUCCUGAUAGCUCCCCCGAUAGCUUCACUGUCAGCUCCCCUGAUAGCUCCCUUGUCAGCUCCCCUGUCAGCUCCCCCGAUAGCUCCACUGAUAGCUCCCCGGUCAGCUCCCCCGAUAGCUCCCUUGUCAGCUCCCCUGUCAGCUCCCCUGAUAGCUCCCCUGAUAGCUCCCUUGUCAGCUCCCCGGUCAGCUCCCCCGAUAACUCCCCUGAUAGCUCCCCUGUCAGCUCCCAUGUCAGCUCCCCUGUCAGCUCCCCUGAUAGCUGCCCUGUCAGCUCCCCUGAUAGCUCCCCUGUCAGCUCCCCGGUCAGCUCCCUUGUCAGCUCUCCUGUCAGCUCCCAUCUCCCUGAUAGCUCUCCUGUCAGCUCCCCUGUCAGCUCUCCUGUCAGCUCCCAUGUCAGCUCUCCUGAUAGCUCCCCUGUCAGUUCCCUUGUCAGCUCCCUCUCCACGGUCAGCUCCCCUGAUAGCUCCCUUGUCAGCUCCCCUGUCAGCUCCACUGAUAGCUCUUCUGUCGGCUCCCCUGAUAGCUCCCCUGAUAGCUCCCCUGAUAGCUCCCUUGUCAGCUCCCCGGUCAGCUCCCCCGAUAACUCCCCUGAUAGCUCCCCUGUCAGCUCCCAUGUCAGCUCCCCUGUCAGCUCCCCUGAUAGCUGCCCUGUCAGCUCCCCUGAUAGCUCCCCUGUCAGCUCCCCGGUCAGCUCCCUUGUCAGCUCUCCUGUCAGCUCCCAUGUCAGCUCUCCUGAUAGCUCCCCUGUCAGUUCCCCUGUCAGCUCCCCUGAUAGCUCUCCUGUCAGCUCCCCCGAUACUCCACGGUCAGCUCCCCUGAUAGCUCCCUUGUCAGCUCCCCUGUCAGCUCCACUGAUAGCUCUUCUGUCGGCUCCCCUGAUAGCUCCCCUGAUAGCUCCCCUGAUAGCUCUCCUGUCAGCUCCCCUGAUAGCUCCCCGCUCCCUGAUAGCUCCCUUGUCAGCUCCCUGUCAGCUCCCCGAUAGCUCCCUGAUAGCUCCUGUCAGCUCCCAUGUCAGCUCCCCUGUCAGCUCCCUGUCAGCUCCCCUGAUAGCUCCCUGUCAGCUCCCGCUCCCUUGUCAGCUCCCCGAUAGCUCCCUGAUAGCUCCCCUGUCAGCUCCCCUGAUAGCUCCCUUAUCCCCUGAUAGCUCCCCUGUCAGCUCCCCUGUCAGCUCUCCUGAUAGCUCCCCUGUCAGCUCUCCUGAUAGCUCCCCCGAUAGCUUCACUGUCAGCUCCCCUGAUAGCUCCCCUGUCAGCUCCACGGUCAGCUCCCCUGAUAGCUCCCUUGUCAGCUCCCCUGUCAGCUCCCCCGAUAGCUCCACUGAUAGCUCCCCUGUCAGCUCCCCUGAUAGCUCUUCUGUCGGCUCCCCUGAUAGCUCCCCUGAUAGCUCUCCUGUCAGCUCCCCUGAUAGCUCCCCGGUCAGCUCCCCUGAUAGCUCUCCUGUCAGCUCCCCCGAUAGCUCCCUUGUCAGCUCCCCUGAUAGCUCCCCUGACAGCUCCCAUGUCAGCUCUCCUGAUAGCUCCACUGUCAGCUCCCCGGUCAGCUCCCUUGUCAGCUCCCCUGUCAGCUCCCCUGAUAGCUCCCCUGUCAGCUCUCCUGUCAGCUCCCCUGUCACUCCCCUGUCAGCUCCCCUGAUAGCUCCCCGCUCAGCUCCCCGGUCAGCUCCCCCGAUAGCUCCCUUGUCAGCUCCCCUGUCAGAUCCCCUGAUAGCUCCCCUGAUAGCUCCCUUAUCCCCUGAUAGCUCCCCUGUCAGCUCCCCUGUCAGCUCUCCUGAUAGCUCCCCUGUCAGCUCUCCUGAUAGCUCCCCCGAUAGCUUCCCUGUCAGCUCCCCUGAUAGCUCCCUGUCAGCUCCACGGUCAGCUCCCCUGAUAGCUCCCUUGUCAGCUCCCCUGUCAGCUCCCCCGAUAGCUCCACUGAUAGCUCCCCUGUCAGCUCCCCGGUCAGCUCCCUUGUCAGCUCCCCUGUCAGCUCCCCUGUCAGCUCCCCUGUCAGCUCUCCUGUCAGCUCCCCUGUCAGCUCUCCUCUCCCCUGUCAGCUCUCCUGAUAGCUCCCCUGUCAGCUCUCCUGAUAGCUCCCCCGAUAGCUUCCCUGUCAGCUCCCCUGAUAGCUCCCCUGUCAGCUCCACGGUCAGCUCCCCUGAUAGCUCCCUUGUCAGCUCCCCUGUCAGCUCCCCCGAUAGCUCCACUGAUAGCUCCCCGCUCCCUGUCAGCUCCCUGAUCUCCCCGGUCAGCUCCCCUGAUAGCUCUCCUGUCAGCUCCCCCGAUAGCUCCCUUGUCAGCUCCUCUGAUAGCUCCCCUGUCAGCUCCCCUGAUAGCUCCCUUGUCAGCUCCCCUGAUAGCUCCCCUGUCAGCUCCCCGGUCAGCUCCCCCGAUAGCUCCCUUGUCAGCUCCCCUGUCAGCUCCCCUGAUAGCUCCCUGAUAGCUCCUUGUCAGCUCCUCUCUCCUGAUAGCUCCCCUGUCAGUUCCCUUGUCAGCUCCCCUGUCAGCUCCCCUGAUAGCUCCUGUCAGCUCCCUCUCCCUGUCAGCUCCACGGUCAGCUCCCCUGAUAGCUCCCUUGUCAGCUCCCCUGUCAGCUCCCCCGAUAGCUCCACUGAUAGCUCUUCUGUCGGCUCCCCUGAUAGCUCCCCUGAUAGCUCCCCUGAUAGCUCUCCUGUCAGCUCCCCUUAUAGCUCCCCGGUCAGCACCCCUGAUAGCUCUCCUGUCAGCUCCCCCGAUAGCUCCCUUGUCAGCUCCCCUGAUAGCUCCCCUGUCAGCUCCCCUGAUAGCUCCCUUGUCAGCUCCCCUGAUAGCUCCCCUCUCCUUGUCAGCUCCCCGAUAGCUCCCCUGAUAGCUCCCCUGUCAGCUCCCCCGAUAGCUCCCUUCUCUCCUGAUAGCUCCCCUGUCAGCUCUCCUGAUAGCUCCCGUCAGCUCCCCUGUCAGCUCCCCUGUCAGAUCCCGUCAGCUCUCCUGAUAGCUCCCGUCAGCUCCCCUGUCGGCUCCCCUGUCAGAUCCCCUGUCAGCUCCCCUGUCAGCUCUCCUGAUAGCUCCCCUGUCAGCUCCGAUGUCAGAUCUCCUGUCAGCUCCCCUGUCAGCUCCCCUGUCAGCUCCCCUGAUAGCUCCCCGGUCAGCUCCCUGGUCAGAUCCCCUGUCAGCUCCCCUGAUAGCUCCCUUGUCAGCUCCCCUGUCAGCUCCCCCGAUAGCUCCCUUGUCAGCUCUCCUGUCAGCGCCCCUGAUAGCUCCCCCGCCAGCUCUCCUGAUAGCUCCCCUGAUAGCUCCCCUGAUAGCUCUCCUGUCAGCUCCCCUGACAGCUCCCCUGAUAGCUCCCCUGUCAGCUCCCCUGUCAGCUCCCCUGAUAGCUCCCUUGUCAGCUCCCCUGUCAGCUCCCCCGAUAGCUCCCCAGAUAGCUCACCCGAUAGCUCCCUUGUCAGCUCCCCUGUCAGCUCCCCCGAUAGCUCCCCUGUCAGCUCCCGGGUCAGCUCCCCUGAUAGCUCCCUUGUCAGAUCCCCUGUCAGCUCCCCGGUCAGCUCCCCUGAUAGCUCCCCUGUCAGCUCUCCUUAUAGCUCCCCUGUCAGCUCUCCUUAUAGCUCCCCUGUCAGCUCCCCUGAUAGUUCCCCUGAUAGCUCCCGUCAGCUCUCCUGA